AUGAAUUUGGGAAAGUCGCUUCUCAUUGGUGCAAACGCCUCUAUAGAGAAACCUCGAAUCGUUCAACCCUUGAAGUCGGAGAAGGUAAUCUCUGGUCAGCCGGUUCUCUUCGUCUGUAUGGUCGAGGGAAACCCGUCACCUCAGGUUCAAUGGACGAUCUCUGGAAUAUCAGUGUUCUCCUCACCCCAGUUUGGAGAGGUGAUUGCAAUGCCUCGAGGGUCGGUGCUUCGCAUUGCCAAUGCGCUGCCAACACUCAACGGCUCUGCUGUCGUCUGUAUUGCAGAGAAUGCCCUCGGACACGCUGAAGCCACAGCCCGACUCUUUGUCUAUCAGAAUGAAGAAAUGGCCCCACCUGGGUUUCCUCGUUUCUUGAAUGUCUUUUCGGUCAUUGUGGCGAAGAAGAACGACAAAGUGGAGUUAGAAUGUCGAACUCAGGGCGACCCUUCACCUCUAAUCCGGUGGUUCAAGGACAGCACUCCAAUUGAUCACACCAACACUCGAUUUUUAGUUACACCCGCAGAGAUUUGGCGUAGAUCUCACACUCGCCGCACUGGAAAGUAG